AUGGCAUAAGAAUGUUGUUUUGAUUCUCAACUAACAAUCAAUUCUGAUGAAGAUGAUAAAUUAAUUGAUGUGCUGACAUUUCCUACUAACUUUUUUUUAUUUAGCGAAAGCAGUACUCAAUCACUCUCAAAUUCAGAAUCAGCGAAUUAUCCCAUUACAUCACCUGGAUAUAAAUUCAUGGGUAAAUAUUAUAGUGCAGAAUAUCAAGAAAAUAAUGAUGAAAUCAGAACUUUUAAAGAUUUAAACUUAGUUUAAGUUGGUAAAAGUGUGGACAGUUAAAACAAUAAGUCCUCUAACCUUGAAAAUUCAUCCAAUUAAAUACUCAAUUAGAAUCAGUAAAUUAUAAUUGAGAAAAAAACAAAUUCUGAUCAUUUCAAUCAAAGAAAUGUUUAAGAAAAAUAAGGAAUUAGAGCUAAAGAUAGGUAAAGGUUGUCUCUGGCACCUAGAUCUAAUAAAUUAAAUGAGAAAAAAAUGAUGUCAAAUAAAUUAAAUAGUAUUAUAAAGGUAAGUUGUCUGAAAGGAGCUUCGAAUAGAAAUUCCUAAAUUCGACCUAUUUUUGAUUUAUUCGUUUAAAGACCAUCAAAUAAAAAUGUUUCUUUCUAAUUUACUAUGGAAUAAAUUAAAACAAUGAGAAAAAAUAAUAAAUCAAAUAUAUUCAGUAUGACUAAUGAAAAGAGUAAUAAACUUUUUCUUAUUUGA